AUGGAUCUCGCAUAUGAUCAUAUCCAAGAAGAAGCUCUCCAACCCGAUCAAAAUAAAGAGAAGACCGCGCAACCCGCUCCAACUCUCAAUGCUGAUUUCCAAGAAGCAUACAAAGCUAUCUCUUCCAGUCCAUGGGGUGCGAAAUUAGGUGGAUUCUUUGGAAGUGUGGUUAAACAGGGCGAGAAUGUGUAUAAAGAGGCUCAACAGGAGUUUAAUACUGUUAGUGUAGAAGCUACGAAAGGAUUUACGGACCUGAGAUCUUCCAUCAUUAGUCGCACGCGGGGACUUACGAUUACACAAGCUCAAGAGGAUGAGAAAGCGGCCGAGGGAUCUACGAGUAAAGAGGGAGAAUUGGCUGCGAAAGAUAUAUCAACAGAUGAGGCUUUAAAUGAAUCAGAAGGUGUUUUGGCAAGGUUAAAGUCCGAAGCUGCUAAGAAACUGGUGGAGAUUCAAAAGGCAGAGGAUGCAGCAGAUGAAGCCCUUCUAAAGUUCGGAACCAAUAUUCGAAAUUUCCUGAAAGAUGCUGUUAGCAUUGCACCACCCACCUCCGAUGCAGAUGGUCAAACCAGCGCCGUCCUAUUUGAAAGUAAGGAUUCUCAAGGCAAAAGAGUUAUUCAUACUACGCGAUUCGAUGCUCAGCUCCACGUUAUCCAUUCUACACUUGAUAGUUUUACCAAAGAUCCCAUCAGCGAGGAAUUCGAACCAUGGGCUAAGGAUUUUAGUGUUGAAGAAAAGACCGAUGAUAUCAGUCAUAAUCUGGAAAAAUAUGAAGAGUUGAGAAGUUCAAUGGAAAAACUGGUACCGGAUCAAGUCAAAUAUGUGGAUUUCUUCAAACGAUAUUAUUUCCUCAGACACAGUAUCGAAACUGCCGAAGCCAAGAGGAGAGAUUUGCUCAAAGGCGCCGUAGCAACUGAACAAGAAGAAGAAGUCAAAUGGGCCUCAGAUUCCGAAGAAGAUUCGGAAGAAGAAGAAUCCGACGACUCGGCAGAAUCUGAAGAUGAAGAUGACAAAACUACUAAAGCAAAGACAACUAUAAACAGACCAGCAUCGGCUGAAUCCUCUGCCACAUUACAUCCCGCAAUUCAAGAAAAGGAAAAAGCCACUGCAACCACGCCUCUCACACCAGGACUAGCUGAACCCAGAAAAUCCAACGAUGAAAAAUCUCAAGCUGAUAGUGAUGGAAGUUACGAUGUUGUGGGUGCGGCAUCGGGUGCUCCUACUCGGGCUCCUAAUAGUCCAAAGGAAAAGGGGAAGGGGACGGGGACUGGCCCAAAGAAGAACGAGGACAGUGAAGAUGAAGGCGAUAGCGAGGAGGAAGACUGGGAAUAG